AUGCGCCUUUUAAGCCUUACAUUCAUUAAUACCGUUCUGGCAUUCCCCGGAAUGCUAGACACUCGGCAGUCACUACCUAGUAAUCUUCCUCUUAGCUCUGAGGAAGGGAACUCUGGUCCCAUUCCAAGCUUGACUUUCAAUGCCGCAGACCAAUUCGUCGAUGUCCGUCCUGGAACGACUCAUCAGUUCAUUGCUCCUGGUCCGAAUGACAAGCGUGGUCCAUGCCCUGGCUUGAACGCCGCAGCCAACCAUGGAUUUCUCCCAAGAAAUGGCAUUGCUACCAUUGCUCAAACUGUCACUGGACUCCGACAAGCAUACAGCUUCGGGGACGAGUUUGCGGCUGCUCUGUCCGUCAUUGCAAUUGCUCUUACUGGUGACCCCACCCGGGGUACUUGGUCCAUUGGCGGUUCAUACUCUCCAGGACUACUUGGAGGUCUGCUUUCCAAUCCUUCGGGUAUAUCCUUUUCACACAAUGUAUAUGAGAGUGAUGCAUCUCCGGCACGGAGCGAUGCCUAUCUCAACAACGGCGAUGCCACAUCCCUCAACCUCGCUCGCUUCGAUUCUUUAUACAAUCGAGCCACGACCUACACGCUUGACGACCUCCGCGACCACAACAAAUAUGUCCAUAGCUUCUCGAUUGAGAAUAAUCCAUAUUACUUCUCAGCUCCCUUCGCAGGACUCGUUCCUCCCAUCGCCCAUCACUUCAUCAUCAACCUGAUGAGCAAUCAUUCUGCAGACAAUAUCCAAGGAACACUCACUCGCGAAACACUGAAGAGUUUCUUCUCGAUUACAGGUCCAGAUAACGCUCACGUCUGGACCCCUGGACACGAGAAAAUACCUCAAAAUUGGUAUAAGCGUCCAUCUUCGAACCCAUACGGAGCAAUUCCAGCAGUUGCCGACGUCGUAAUCCUCGCCACCAAAUAUCCCGAAAUCGUGCAAUUCGGUGGUAACACCGGCACAACCAACUCGUUCGUUGGCGUCGAUCCAGGCGACAUCACGGGCGGUGUCUUCAACAGCGUCACUCUUCUUCAAGGCAACAACCUCGGUUGCUUCUUCUUCCAGGCAGCUCAACAGGCUAUUCCUUCCGUCCUCCAAGGCAUUGUCUCGAAUCUUGCGCCGGUGCUGGCGCUUGUCAAUCAGUAUGUGUCACCUGUGACACAGCUGUUGAAUUGUCCGGCUUUGAACACGUUCAAUCAGAGUGCUUUUAAUCAAUUCCCUGGAGCGUCGUAUCGUCCUACUCAGUAG